CUGAAGGCAAAAACUAUUCUCAAUUCUCACUCUCCAGCAAUUACACAAAAUGUCUAAAAAUCGUGAACCAGAAAUGGCUCUGGAAUCCGGCACUGAAGAAGACGACGCUUCAUCUGAAGAAAUAGGGUCCUCCGAAUCCGACUCUGAACUAGAGGAAUCCCAACCUCAAAUUACCAAAAAGCCCUCUACUGCACCCGCCCCUACGAAACCCAAUUUUUCCUCUUCCCCAAAACCUCAUCUUUCCUCUUCAGAAGAGUCCGAAUCUGGAACCGGAUCUGAAUCGGAGUCGGACCAACCCGACCCAGCUGUCAAGCCCCUUGCCUCCUCCAGGUCCAUGGAGGACCCACAGGAAACCGCUACCAAGAAGCUCAAGUUCAAGCCCAGUCAGUCCGAACCCACGGCCCCGACAAAGUCCGCAGAAGAACGCCCUGCUAUGGAGAAGGGGAGUGAUGUUAAGGACUCUAAGAGGCCAAAGAAAAAACCAGAGAUCAACGCCGAAAAUUCUGAGAAAAAAUCGAACGAUGAUUCCAAGAAACAGCUAUUCCAGAGACUGUGGAGUGAGGAUGAUGAGAUUGUGGUUCUUAAAGGCAUGAUUGAUUACAUUGAGAAGAAAAAGACUUAUCCUGUUGCUGAUCUGAAUGCAUUUCAUGAUUUUAUUAGGAAAAAUUUGCAUGUUGAUGUGACUAGGGCUCAGUUGCAAGCCAAAAUUCGGAGGUUGAAGAAGAAGUACGUCAAUAAUAAAAGUAAAGAGAGGACCUUUACUAAGUCCCACGAGCAAAAAGCUUAUGAAUUGUCAAAAAAGAUAUGGGGCAAUGAGAAUGGUAAUGAUAAUGAGGGUGAGAAAGUGAUUUCGAGUCCAAAGGAACAGAGCAGUGCUGCAAGGAAAACUCCAAGUAAGAGGGCUAUGGUCGAAACUGGGGAUUCAAAGGAAGCUAAAUUUGUGGAGAAUGCGAACGGUGAUUCAGAGAUUGUGGCGGGGAAGAGUGUGAGGUUCCAUGGUGGGAAUUUUGAGGAUUGGAUUUUAAGGACUGGGGUGGAAUUGAUUGAAGAGGAGAAGAGGGUUGAGACGGAAAGAGAGUGGAAAAAGCUGAGAGCGGAGGAGACUGCACUCUACCUGAAGAAGCUGGACUUCAUUCACACACGUAUAAAGCAAGUUUUAGAUGUUUUGAAGUCGUCAAAGCCUUGAAUUUUGAAGAGGUUGGGAUUGAUGGUUCAAGGUGGUCAAGGAUUUCAAUGGGCAUUGUUUGGAAAGUUGAAGGCUUUUCCGAAGUGUUCGACAUUAUGGAUUUUGAAAAAAAAGAACUAGAUUCUCUUGACAGUAGUUUUGUGCAUGUAGACGCUGAACACAAAUAAAUGAGAUUUCCAGGAACAGAAUCUUGCCAUGUGCAGUUUUUUCUUUUUUCACAGUUAAAUUUUAGUGUGUACGAGCAAGAUGGCAACCAUAUUGGUUUGAGGAAUCAAAAGAAAGAACCCCUUUAAUGACUGGAAAUUCCUGCCAUUUUAACAACUCUAAUUGGUGAAAGCUUUAGUAUCUUGAAUUCUAAACAAGAAAAUCAGAUGUUGGGCACAAAGUUAUAUUUAUUAGAAACAAUUUGUCCUAUUUCUUUUAGCAUCAAAUGUUGGAUAAAAUCAUGAAACCCAUAUCAGCCGUUUACCU